AACAAUAUAAGCUUAAGAAACAAAACUUGAAAAGUUCAAGAGCCUGAAAUUUGAUUUUUUUCCCCUAUAUUUUAAUAUUCGAGAUUAAUUCAAGUUUCUACUGCCAUAGAUUAUAAACGUCCUUGCUGAAUAUGGAGUCCAUGAUCAAGAUAGCAUUUAUGGCCCCAUUGGGAUCCAUUGUCAAAUUGAAGCAUUUGCAGUGAGGAUGAAUCUUGGUGAUCCUGAUUUUUUUAACAUUACUGAACUUCUAUCCGAUAGCUGAACGUUACCUUUUUACAUAGGCCAUUGUAUGCGGGAUGAAUUUGCUUGGCGGGUUAUUACUUAUUUGCUAUAAAUAAUCCUUUUCCCCAGUAAAGAAGAGAAUCCUGAAUCUUGAUAAUGAAAUAAGUCUCUCUCUCUCUCUCUCUCUCUUCAGAUUCUUCUUCUCCUUCUUCUCUCUUAAUCUUGAUUCAUCUUCUGUUUCUUUCUUCUUCAAAAUUUCAGUUCGUAUCAUAUGCUUUCUCCAAGCUUACAGCUGAAGAAAGCCAUAUACGACAACAUGACCUUUGAUCCUUGUCAUUAUGGUGGCAGGUAAGCUAUUAGAAUUGGCAGUACAGUCUCUAUUUGCACCUAUCGUCAUCUUGACCUGAGUCCUUGGUUCCCACAGGUGGAACCAGGUUAAUGAUCAUGGCACCAGUCAUGUAUUUAUUUUCGAUAAUGAGUAGAUGCUGUUUCUAUGACCAAUACAGUGAACUCAUACUUUGGUGCACAAAUAUUGUCUCCAACUACAGGAACAGUCUUGAACAAUGAAAUGGAUAAUUUCUCCAUGACACUGUAAAUGAGAAACCUCCUGCUGAGUUUUGUAGUUUGGAAGCUUUUUGUGCUGAAAAUUUUCCAAUGCGAUACUGUUGUGUUCUUUGCUUAUGUGAAAUCGAGUAUCUUUUGGCUAUUUGGUUAAUGCGUUCACUUCUGGAGUUGGGUGUUGUGGUUUUCCUAUAUUUCUUGAGUUGAGAAACAGUGGCCCAGAACCGAUAUGAAAACUCGGUUAUUCAAAAUUUCUGCAAAUAAAGCAACGUAACCGAAGAACAUCAACUUUUGAAAUUAAAGCAAUGUGCAGUAGAUUCUGUUGGAGACAGUUUCAUAGUGGAUGCAUUCGCGCGCAGGAAGCCCAACAAAAACUCAUCAACAAUCCCCAAUCACUGAAGCUCACUAAUCCAAUCCCAAACUCAUAUCCAUCAAAGAAAGAAUUAAGCCGAAAACACAAACCUUCUAAGAAUGAAUUCGAAACCACCACAGGCUCGGAUAUAGUGAAAUUGAACAUGGCUAUCACAACCCACAUGCGCAAUGGCCAAUGUGAAUCCGCCCUUAGAGUAUUCAACUCCAUGCCCUCUCGAAGCACGGUCUCAUACAAUGCAAUGAUUUCUGGGUACUUACUGAAUGGCAAGUUUGAUCUUGCAAGAGAAAUGUUUGAUAAAAUGCCUCAUAGAGAUUUUUUUUCUUGGAAUGUGAUGCUAAGUGGGUAUGUGAGGAAUAAAAAUCUUACUGCUGCUCGUGCACUGUUUGAGAAAAUGCCCAAAAGGGAUAUUGUCUCUUGGAAUGCAAUGCUGUCUGGGUAUGCACAGAAUGGGUUUGUUGAUGAGGCAAGAGAAAUUUUUGAAAAGAUGCCGUUUAAGAAUGCGAUUUCAUGGAAUGGUUUGCUGGCAGCAUAUGUGCACAAUGGAAGGAUAGAUGAUGCAAGGAGGUUGUUUGAAUCAAAAUUGGAUUGGGACAUUGUUUCUUGGAAUUGUUUGAUGGGUGGAUUUUUGAGGAGGAAGAGGUUAGCCGAUGCGAGGAGGCUUUUUGAUAAGAUCCCUGUGAAAGACGAGGUUUCAUGGAAUACUAUGAUUACAGGUUACGCACAGAAUGGAGAGCUAGAAGAAGCACAGAGAUUGUUUGAGGAGUCUCCAAGUCGGGAUGUGUUUACAUGGACAGCAAUGGUUUCUGGAUUCGUGCAAAACGGGAUGUUGGAUAAAGCAAGAAGCAUUUUUGAUAGGAUGCCUGAGAAGAAUUCAAUUUCAUGGAAUGCAAUGAUUGCAGGGUAUGUACAAUGUAAAAUGUUGGACAUGGCAAAUGAACUGUUUGAGGCAAUGCCUUGUAGAAAUAUUAGUUCUUGGAAUACAAUGAUCACAGGAUACUCUCAGAGUGGGGAAGUAGCGCGUGCAAGGAAUUUGUUUGAUAGGAUGCCUCUGCGUGAUUCCAUCUCUUGGUCAGCCAUGAUUGCUGGCUAUGUUCAAAAUGGUUAUAGUGAAGAGGCUGUACAUCUUUCUGUAGAAAUGAGAAGAGAUGGAGAAAAGUUGAACAGGUCCUCAUUUACCUGUGCUUUAACUGCAUGUGCCAAUAUUGCAGCUUUGGAGUUGGGGAAGCAAUUGCAUGGUUGGCUAGUUAAGUCUGGAUACCAGACUGGAUGUUUUGUGGGGAAUGCUCUUCUUGCAAUGUAUUGCAAGUGUGGAAGCAUAGAUGAAGCACAUGAUGCAUUCCAAGAACUAUCAGAUAAGGAUUUAAUCUCAUGGAAUACAAUGAUUUAUGGUUAUGCAAGGCAUGGAUUUGGUAGAGAGGCACUGAUGGUUUUUGAGUCAAUGAAGACAAUGGGUGUCAAGCCCGACGAUGCCACUAUGGUUGGUGUGUUGUCUGCCUGUGGUCAUACUGGCUUAGUAGACAAGGGAACUGAAUAUUUUUACUCAAUGAGUCAAGAAUAUGGUAUCACAGCAAAAUCAGUACAUUACACUUGCAUGGUUGAUCUUUUAGGUCGAGCUGGGCGCUUGGAUGAGGCCCAAAAUUUGAUGAGGAACAUGCCUUUUGAACCAGAUGCCGCAACGUGGGGUGCUGUACUUGGUGCAAGCAGGAUCCAUGGCAAUACUGAAUUAGGUGAAAAGGCUGCUGAGAUAAUUUUCAAGAUGGAGCCUGAUAAUUCAGGAAUGUAUAUUCUUCUCUCAAAUUUGUAUGCAGCUUCAGGAAGAUGGCCUGAUGUUAGUAAGAUGAGACUGAAAAUGAGGGAUAAAGGUGUGAAGAAGGUACCUGGGUAUAGUUGGCUUGAAGUGCAAACUAAAAUUCAUACAUUUACGGUUGGGGAUUGUUUUCACCCAGAAAAGGAUAAAAUAUAUGCAUUUCUAGAAGAGAUGUACAUGAAAAUGAAGCAUGAGGGAUAUUUAUCCUCUAUAAAAAUGGUUUUACAUGAUGUGGAAGAGGAGGAAAAGGAGCAAAUGCUCAAGUAUCACAGUGAGAAAUUGGCUGUAGCAUAUGGGGUUCUUUCUGUGCCUACUGGAAGACCUAUUCGUGUGAUAAAAAAUUUGCGGGUCUGUGAAGAUUGUCACAAUGCCAUCAAAUAUAUAUCCAAGAUCACAGGAAGGUUGAUCAUCUUAAGAGAUAAUAAUCGCUUUCACCACUUCAAAGAAGGUUCUUGUUCUUGUGGGGAUUAUUGGUGAAACAGGAAAAAAAUAUUUAGGAUCGCUGAUGCAUUUGAAUGUAUUCUCCAUACCUGUUAAGUAUAGGCAUUUUCUCUGCUCAACCAGUUAACUGUUGUCAACUCUUAAAAUGAAAAAAUAGAAAUCAGCAUUGCUGUAACUUUGUUUC